AAUAUCUGUGCUGCUUGUUUAUUAUCUGUAACAAAACAUUCAUUCACAUCUACAGUGGCUCAAGAGCAGCAGCGUUAUUUGUGCACCGCGUUGACUCGGUGUGGGUCGACUGGCUGGCUGCAGCUCGGAUGGAGGCAACUCUGUCCGCACGGCUGACUGUGGUACCCGUCGGCCUGGCGGUUAAUAUGGAAUAUUUGCACAGAGCGAACUGCCAAAUGCAUUUGCACGGGCGGAAAAAAAGAUCCCCGUAGUAGCGCAAAUUAGAAAACCAGUUCCUUUCGCCGUUCUUUAUGGCUUCUGGCUCCGGAGAUGAAGAGGGAAACACGGAAGGCGUUUCAUGGAGACUCAUAGGCCCGGCCUCCGAGCUUUCCAAGAAGCGCUGCCGUCUAAUGUACUCCUCCCUCGGCUACGACUCUGAUGUCUGCCUAUUCUAUGUGAAGGGGGAGUUUUUUGCAAUGGAUGCCCGCUGCUCACACUCCGGCGGUCCUCUGUGCGAAGGGGACAUUGAGGAGGCAGAUGGAGUCCUGCAGGUUUUCUGUCCCUGGCAUGACUAUGACUUUGACCUCAGGACUGGGAAGUCAGGGACCUCGUUACAGCAACAAGUGUAUGAAGUCAAACUGGAGGAUGGCAAUGUGUAUGUGAAACACUCCAGUCAUCUCUCCUUACUGCCUUUUCCUGCAAACCAGAAAAGCUGAACCACCUCAGUCCAGCUGCUUCAUCCUCCAGCUCUUGGUUAAGACCUCAGAUUGCCUGAUUAUGGAGCCUCCUGCCUGUAGCAAGCUCAUUCGGGCUAUUUUUAAGAUUUGUUCCACAAACCUAAGCCAUCCGAAACAUUCCAAAGCCUUAUCUGUCAUUUUCUCAGAACUGUUUCUACUUUGGUUUGCCUGAACUCAGGAUGAUAUCAAGAGGACUGUCUGAAGAGGACAUGACUUCAUUAAAUUGUUUCAGAGUUUUUCUUGCUGGCAUUCCAGGUAGAGACUCAUCACGGACACUGAACACACAGAGCUGUGAGCUCAGCACUGACCUUGGUAACACAUCAAACAGCAGCAAAUAUGCAAAAUAAAAACACGUUUUUUUAAGUUAUAGAGCUAACCGGCAUUGAUAAUUUUCUAGAUUUUAAGUAUUCCUGAAAAAGAUAAUAUUAUUUUGUCUUAUGGAAACAUUACAGUGUGAAUACGUUUUGAAGUGAAUGCUUUUGUCUUCACAUUUGAGCUGUCAGAUUUGCACCAGCCAUUACAUCUUUUGUUGAAACCCACUGAGAUUCUCUACUUGUCCAUCUACUGCUAGUCUUAUUGGAAAAAUCAUAACUGCUGUGAUGGGAUGAAUUCAAAUGCAGCCAGACGUGAAGCCAUUGUGUUCUGCUGUCUUAUUAGAGAUAAUGUGAGUCAUUACAAUACAUGCAAAAUGUAAUGUUAAUCUAGUGCUUUGUAAAUGCAAAUGAAAUAGACAAUAUGGAUAAAAUGAAUAGGAGAGAGUGCCAUCUUGAUGCCUUGACCAGACCUGCAGCUGCUAAUUACCAAUUUGGUAUGUGGUGUAAUGGUGAGGUCUAAACUGAGAACCACUGUAUUGGAAUAAGCAACACAAGUCUCCUUUUAAAAACAUAAAGCUCCCACUUAUUUUCAGUGGAAUACUUUGUAUGUGACCAUGAAAUAAUGAAAUACAAUGACAGUUUCUUUCAACCACUACCAAACUAAACUGUCUCAUGUUCAUUAAUCCCCAUGAUGGUUUUCCUUGUCUUCAACAAGCAUUACCUGUAGUCUCAAAAUUUUUAACUCAGACAAGUCACACUUGCUGAGUUGUGGCCUUUGGAUAAAUUUAGACAUUUAUUCCAGUGAUGUCACGCAACAGAAACUCUCUUUCAGAAUUUGGAGUUUCUGGAUCGUUUUCUAACCCAAAUAGAGUUCCAGCAAGCAGAACACACAUGAAGGGCACUGCAGUAACGACCGGUGGCAGUCCUGGUGUUAAGAUGCCUCCAUCAGCAUUUCUGUCACUUCCUGGCCUAUGUACAGACAGGUUUGUCUGUUACUGACGCAAUGGGAUUUAAAAGAAGCAGUUAGAAAGGCGCCGGAGGAAGGUUCACGACCUGAAAUGCACCAUUGACUCAAGAAAAAUGUGUUUUCCUAGCUUUAUGUGUGUGUGUGUGCACUGAUGCGAGGCUGUUUUCUUUAUUCCUUAGUGGUGAGAGCAGUCACUCACUAUAUUUUCUGUCAGCUCCAUUUUCUGGCAGACGCACAGAGGCCAGUCAAGAAGGUGUCAGUGACAGUGUGGCCCAAUACUCCUGUUUCCCUCCCCGCUGUGCUCCCUGUUGUGCAACUUUAUUACAAUAAUAAUUCCACUGCCUAAAAAUGUCUGUUAUGUGCUGCAGAGGUCUCACUGCGUGCAUUAUAAGUCAUCACCUGGAGGGUAACGGGCAUUCACAGUGACAAUGCAGCUAUUUUGUGUUGGUGGAAAAGUCAAAGUAAACAUUGUUAAGGAUUCUGCAAAAGCCGGGAGCAGUCUUUACAUUUUUACAUCUUGACAUAACAUCCCAUGAGUGCCCUAAGACACUGAGGAAACCACCAUUCAUGUGAGACUUUUGCCAUAUGUUUCCUAAAUUAUUUUUUUGUUUUGUUUGUUCCUUUGUUGUGUCUUGUAUUAACUGUGUAUCUUGCCUAUAUUAUUUAAAAAAAUAAAUAGUUUUUCAGUGUGUUGUGGAUACAUAAAACACAUCUCAGAAAAGAAUAUGAAUCAAAAGUUUACACAAAAUUGUUUAUUUACAGUUCCUUGUUCAUACAGUUAUAGUGGAUUUCAUACACAAUACAAUACACAAUUUACACAUUAAAACUUAAGAGAGAAAGAGAUUGGCAUCACCAUGCAAUAGUUAAGCGUUUAAAGAGGAUUAUCAAGAGUUUGUUUAUGUAAUUCAUUUACUGGAGCACAGUGGCAAAUAUACAACUCUCUUCUUAUACUCCAGAAAGUGGUGGAAAAGUUCAAGGAUGACCUCCUGAAUAAAUUACGAUCUCCCUGAGACCAGCUGGACUGUGCAGAGGAGAAAAUGGAUGAAUCUGUUGAUGCUUGAGUUACUGUCAAAUUGUUGGUGGUUUCUGGUGGAUUGAGAGUUUUGUGCUUUUCUGCCCUGAAGUUAAAUAGUGCCAGUUAACAUUACAUGCACCCACUGAAAUGCUGUUAGAGCGAGUCAAAACCAAGUCAAGUGUUUUGGAUUCUUUUUUCCAAUUGUCAGUCAUUACAAAAACAUUUUCCCUUGAAAAUGCCAAUUGUUGAGCAAAAUCUCAGUACAGCUGCUAUUGUGACUGUGUGUAUUGUAUUCAUUAAAAGAAAAACACAUAUUCACUUUUUUUUUCCAAGAAUGAAAUGAGAGGAUCAAGUGCACUCUCACGUCGGCACAAUAAUUAUGAAAAUGUCAGCCAGCAGCUUGUUAGCUUACCUUAGCAUAAAGACUAGAAGUUAACAUAAUCUUGAUAGUUUGAUUCAUACAAGAACUGAACCAUGAGUUUGCCAGACAACCAGCAGAGACUCUCAGUCAUGCUAGCUAAGCUAAUUGACUGUUGACUGUAGUUUCAUAGUUACUAUACUAAUAUGAGAGUGGUAUCACUGACCCGUCUAACUGUGUUGAACUAUUCCUUUAAAGGUAUAAAACAAAAAUACAUGAAUCUCCUUUAAUCUGUAUUUGUGAUAUUAACAUUGAAUGACUCCCUGUAAUAUGAAACGGUUGUUGCAAUUACUGCUACUCCUACAGGAGUCCAAUGAGAUAAACAUUUUCUUUCCAUUAAAACUGAA